AUGGCUACAAGAUCUCCCAAACUCUUUUUAGCUACCAAUCGCUCCGUCCAAACUAGAGACGGAGCCAUCUUGUCUUCUUCCAAUGCCAAUGCCAUGGUCAUCGACGAUGCCAUCCUCGACAUCGGCGGCCAGCCAAUUUGGACACACGAGUCCGAUCUCGACCGUCCAACCGAAGGGUUUUCUUCCAUCAAAGAAGCCAUCGAAGACAUACGACAGGGAAAGAUGGUGGUUGUUGUUGACGAUGAAGAUAGAGAAAACGAAGGAGAUCUGAUAAUGGCCGCAGAGGCGGCGACGGCGGAUGCGGUGGCUUUUAUAGUAAAGCAUGGAACAGGGAUUGUCUGCGUGGGGAUGAAAGGGGAACAUCUGGAGAGGCUGCAGAUUCCAUUAAUGGUGGAUCAAAAGGAUAAUCAGGACAACUUCUCUACUGCUUUUACUGUCACUGUGGAUGGGAGAGAGGGUACGAGCACCGGAGUUUCCGCCGAGGACAGGGCGACGACGGUGCUGGCACUAGCAUCAAGAGACUCAAAACCACAGGAUUUUAGGAGGCCCGGCCACAUCUUCCCGCUUAGAUACAGAGACGGCGGCGUUUUGAAGAGGCCCGGACACACAGAAGCAUCCGUGGAUCUUGCAGAGCUCGCCGGACUCAACCCCGUCGGAAUUCUCAGCGAGUUGGUCGACGACGAUGGCUCCAUGGCUAGGCUGCCAAAGCUUCGCCACUUUGCUCACCACCAUAACCUCAAAAUCAUCUCCAUUGCUGAUUUAAUCAGAUAUAGGAGGAAGAGGGAGAGAUUAGUUGAACGUGUGGGAGCUCCCACACGCAUGCCGACUACAUGGGGUCCAUUUAAUGCAUAUUGUUACAAGUCCACUUUCGAUGGCAUCGAACACAUCGCAAUGGUCAAGGGUGAUGUCAGCGACGGAGAAGAUAUUCUAGUGAGGGUGCACUCAGAAUGCUUCACAGGGGACAUCUUUGGAUCAGCAAGAUGUGACUGUGGAAAGCAGCUGGCUUUGGCAAUGCAACACAUUGAGGCUGCAGGCAAAGGUGUGUUGGUUUACCUCAGAGGACAAGAAGGAAGGGGCAUUGGUUUGGGCAACAAGCUUCUUGCAUAUAAUUUGCAAGAUGCUGGCAGGGAUACUGUUGAAGCCAAUGAGGAUUUGGGGUUGCCUAUUGAUUCAAGGGACUACGCCAUCGGUGCACAGAUUCUAAGGGAUAUGGGAGUGAGAAGAAUGAGACUGAUGACAAACAAUCCAGCAAAGUACAUAGGGCUGAAGGGUUAUGGGUUGGAAGUUGCAGGCAGAGUUCCUUUGGUGACUCCAAUUACAAAGGACAACAAAAAAUACCUCGAGACAAAGAGAGCCAAAAUGGGGCAUGUCUAUGGCUUGGAAUUCAAUACUGGAUUAAGAGCUCUAAUGCCUCUCAAUCAAAACUCCAAUGUUAGUGCUUCAGAGUGAUGCUUUCGCUGAUUAGUUCUCCGCAAUACAAGAUUUGAUAUAUAGUUGGUUA